UUGAACUCUACAUCUCUACAUGAAAAUAGGACGUGUCAUCGACGUCGUCUCACGUCUGUAGUGGUGUAGAUUUCUUGUCGAUUGAGUGAGUAAAAAUAAGCGUUGACCUAUUUAUAAUUGAAGAUACGAUCAACAUUAUUUGGACACAAAUUGGCAGUGAUAAAUAAAAACAUUAUAUUAAACUGUAUUUUGUCAAUUCUGCAGUAUAUGUAUAUUUAUAUAUAUAUACGCAUAGAAGUAUAAUUGAGAAAGAAAAUUACAAAUUGUAACAAAAAUAUGGCUACCAUGGGCGAGCCUCUCACUUUAGCAAGAGAUGUUAAAAGAUCUAUAGAAUUAUUAGAUAAACUACAAAAAGGAGGGGAAGUUCCUACUACAAAAUUAGCAGCAUUACAGAAGGUAUUACAAAGUGAUUUUCUUAGUGCAGUACGGGAAGUAUAUGAGCAUGUAUAUGAAACAGUUGAUAUUCAGGGUUCACAGGAUGUACGUGCAUCUGCAACAGCAAAAGCAACUGUUGCCGCUUUUGCAGCUAGUGAAGGUCAUGCACAUCCACGUGUAGUCGAACUACCAAAAACGGAAGAAGGAUUGGGUUUUAAUGUAAUGGGAGGUAAAGAACAGAAUUCACCGAUUUAUAUAUCUCGCAUUAUCCCUGGUGGUGUUGCUGACAGACAUGGUGGUUUAAAACGUGGAGAUCAACUAUUAUCUGUUAAUGGAGUAUGCGUUGAAGGUGAAAAUCAUGAAAAGGCAGUAGAAUUACUAAAGCAAGCUCAAAAUUCUGUAAAAUUAGUAGUUCGUUAUACUCCACGUGUUCUGGAAGAAAUGGAAUUACGUUUUGAUAAACAGAGGGCUGCUCGUAGACGUCAACAUAUGCAAUAAAUAUUAUAUAAGCAAAAUAUUUAAUUCAUUAAAGAAAUGCAAAUUUAACGAUUAUGGUCCAUCUAUACAUCUAUACAUUUAAACUCUUUAUGCUUUAUAAGUCAUAUAACUUGACUAGUAUACAACAUUCUGACUUACUAUAUUCAUACUCACAUCUAUCAAUAAAUGUAUUAUUAUAUUAUCUA